CUGCAGACAGGGACCAGAGACGGCAGACAGGGACCAGAGACUGCAGACAGGGACCAGAGACGGCAGACAGGGUAUUUGGAAAAAUGGCUUCCAGUGGGUCAGUAACCCUCCUCCUGCCUCCGGUCAAGUGUGUGGUGGUCUACAGGAACGGGGACCCCUUCUACUCCGGCAGGAGGUUUGUGGUCAACCAUCGACAGGUUGCCACCAUGGAGGUGUUUCUCAAUGACGUGACCCACUGCAUCCAGGCUCCGCUGGCCGUGAGGACCCUGUACACCCCCCGGCAGGGUCACCGGGUCAGGGAGCUGCAUGACCUCCAGAACGGGGCCCAGUACGUGGCGGCAGGCUUCGAGAGGUUCAAGAAGCUGGAUUAUCUGAACACAGGGCUGAAGAAGCUGCCUGUACCCAGGGGGGAAGGAGCUCGGGCAAGAUUACUUCACAGACCAAAUGUGUCAGCAAAAUGGAGAAAGUACAUUCUUCUACCCUGUAUCAUACAUGUUUUCCGCAACGAAGAUCUUCGCUGCUCGCCAUUCCGUUUCAUAAUUCCCAGGACCUGGCAGCACGACCUGGAUCAGAUCCUCGGUCUAGUCACAGAGAAGGCCAGUUUACGCACUGGAGCCGUGCGCAGGUUGUGCACUCUAGAUGGUGUAACUGUGUCCAGUGCAGACGAACUGGUGAGUGGCCAGUACUACGUGGCUGUGGGAGCGGAGAGGUUCAAGAAGCUUCCCUACGUGGAGCUGUUGGUUCCUAAAGCCUCUGAGAGAAAUUACCCUGGAAAUAGAAGGCUGUCAAGGAGAUAUAAGGGGAGGAAGGCAGCCAGUGGCCCUGAGGACAGCUACAGUGACUCUGCUCUCCUGGACUCUCCAGAGUCAGAUGGGCGAAGGGUGAAGUCCACUGGGGACAAGGUGGGGGAGAUGGCUCUCCCAUCCAUCCAGAGGAGACCAGUGAAGGAGGAGAGCUCUAUCUUCUACGCCAGAUCAGUGAAGGUCCGAGCGAGGAACAGAGCCCAUCCCAGGCCUCCACCAAAGAGUGGACCAGUUGCAGCCCAGGCCAGUGUGUUCAAAGCUGUACGGAGGAGGAGAGAGGAGGUGCAGGGGGCUGAGGAGGUGCUGGAGGAUAAGAAUACAGCAGUAGAUCUCCCCGUUGACCAGAGCGUGGCAGAGACAGUGGAGGACGAGGACCUCAUUGGGAGAAAUCCUCCUCAUUCAAACAGCCGAGAUCAGACUUUGACCAAGGCUACAGAGGGUAAAAUGUUCCGUGAAAAAUAUCCCCUUCCUCACCCAGAACACCCAGACAAGGUGGAAUCAUCGACUGAGAAAGACAGGAACUCACCUGCAAAUACCAGCUCUACAAUCUGCAAAGAGGAUGACGUCAAUGGGAGCCCUAUGCCUUAUACAGAAGCGCCACAGGUAAACACAUCCCUGGAGCAUGAGAUGCACUCUACCGCAGAUCCAUCUGUCCACAAAAAACAAGGCGCUGCCUUAGAGAGUUGUGUGUCUGCUACUGAGACACCAGAGCAAGGGAGUCCUCAUACCCCCCACCGACACCGUAAUGGAGCAGUCCGGUCCCCCCACCAACACCGUAAUGGAGCAGUCCGGUCUCCCCACCAGACACCAUAAUGGAGCAGUCCGGUCCCCCCACCAGACACCGUAAUGGAGCAGUCCUCAUACCCCCCACCGACACCGUAAUGGAGCAGUCCGGUUCCCCCCACCAGACACCGUAAUGGAGCAGUCCGGUCCCCCCACCAGACACCGUAAUGGAGCAGUCCGGUCUCCCCACCAGACACCGUAAUGGAGCAGUCCGGUCCCCCCACAAGACACCGUAAUGAAGCAGUCCGGUCCCCCCACCAGACACCGUAAUGGAGCAGUCCGGUACUCCCACCAGACACCGUAAUGGAGCAGUCCGGUCCCCCCACCAGACACCAUAAUGGAGCAGUCCGGUCCCCCCACCAGACACCGUAAUGGACACACACACACACACACACACACACACACACACACACACACACACAUUGCUAUUCAGUACAGUGCAUGAAUACACAAAUACAGAGACGAACACACUCAAUGUCUCAAAAUUAAUUCUGUCUGUACACUCACUCCUAUUCAAGGAGCCGAAGACGAAGAAUAUCCUUAAAAUAAAAUAUCUUAUGGCCCUGUCUGAUUGGUUUAUUCUAGCAAGGGAGUCCUCUUACCCCCCACCGACACCGUAAUGGAGCAGUCCGGUCCCCCCACCGACACCGUAAUGGAGCAGUCCGGUCCCCCCACCAGACACCGUAAUGGAGCAGUCCUCAUACCCCCCACCGACACCGUAAUGGAGCAGUCCGGUCUCCCCACCAGACACCAUAAUGGAGCAGUCCGGUCCCCCCACCAGACACCGUAAUGGAGCAGUCCUCAUACCCCCCACCGACACCGUAAUGGAGCAGUCCGGUCCCCCCACCAGACACCGUAAUGGAGCAGUCCGGUCCCCCCACCAGACACCGUAAUGGAGCAGUCCGGUCCCCCCACCAGACACCGUAAUGGAGCAGUCCGGUCCCCCCACCAGACACCGUAAUGAAGCAGUCCGGUCCCCCCACCAGACACCGUAAUGGAGCAGUCCGGUACUCCCACCAGACACCGUAAUGGAGCAGUCCGGUCCCCCCACCAGACACCAUAAUGGAGCAGUCCGGUCCCCCACCAGACACCGUAAUGAAGCAGUCCGGUCCCCCCACCAGACACCGUAAUGGAGCAGUCCGGUCCCCCCACCAGACACCGUAAUGGAGCAGUCCGGUCCCCCCACCAGACACCGUAAUGGCCUGUGGCUGAUGAGGAGAGUGGAGGAGAG